AUGAACCUCAUGCAAGAUCUCUUGGAGAGGCUAAGACCCAUUGUAAAUUUGAGAAGCUGGGAUUAUUGUGUUCUUUGGAAAUUGGGUGAUGAUCAAAGGUUUCUUGAGUGGAUGUAUUGUUGUUGUGCCGGAUCUGAGAACAUCCAAAAUAGUGGAGAGGAGCUUCUUUUUCCUGUUUCUUCUGUUCCUCCUUGCAGAGACCUCAUGUUUCAGCACCCAAGGACCAAACCUUGCGAUCUUCUUGCUGAAUUGCCCUCGUCCAUUCCCCUACAUUCUGGGAUUUACGCGCAAACCUUAAUGUCAAACCAAGCAAGAUGGUUGAACUUCUCUAAUAACUCAGAUUCAAAUGCUUUGGAAGAAACAGUUGGGACUAGGGUUUUAAUUCCGGUGCCAGUUGGAUUAGUUGACCUGUUUGUUGCCAAACUAGAACCUGAAGAUCAGCAAAUCAUAGAUUACAUUACAGCCCAGUGUAGCAUCAUACUAGAGCAAGUCAUGGUCCAUUCAAACAACAUGGAUCCAAACUUCUCAGUGAAUGUCAAUGAAAUCCAAUCAAACCCAUUUCUAUUGGAUAAAAACAGAGAAAAAGAUCACAACAAUCCAUUCCAGCCUGCAACAUCGUUGGAAAACCUGAACCUGCCAUAUGACGUAUCCGUUGAUCGGAUCCGGCUAUGCAAUUCUCCGACAAAUUUCUUGCAACCCUUCAAGAAUGACAGCUUCUUUGAUGGAUCAAAUGAAUUGUUCCUCGUUGAGAAGUCGAUCAACUCAUUUAACUCUUUGGGAGAGAAUGGAUUUCUAGAAAAGAAUUUGAUUAAACAACAAGACGGGACUAAUAAGGAUUCGAUUAAAAAUGAGACAGGGAGAUCAGAAUCUAUCUCAGAUUGCAGUGAUUUGAAUGAGGAUGAAGAUGAUGCAAAGUAUAGGAGGAGAACAAGUAAAAGGCCUCAGUCGAAGAAUCUUGUUGCGGAAAGGAGGAGAAGGAAGAAACUUGAUGCCAGGCUCUAUGCUCUUAGAGCAUUGGUCCCCAAAAUAUCCAAGUUGGAUAAAGCUUCAAUCGUUGGGGAUGCAAUUGAGUUCGUGAAGGAGUUGAAGAAACAAGUAAAAGAUCUCCAACAUGAGCUUGAAGAUCAGUCCGAUGAUGAAUGUACCAACAAUAACAACAACAACAACAACAAUAAUCACAACAACAAUAAGUAUGGGAGAUCGGAGAUUCUGAACCAAAAUGGAACUAACAAUGUUGUUGGAUUGAAACCUGAUCAACAUAAAAAGGCUCCUCCAAAUGAGUUUCAUAAGCGUGGAGCUGAAGCAACAGCAAGCAAAAGUGGUGUGGCUGAACCACCCAAACAAAACCAUGAAUCAAAUACUUGUGACAAGCUGCGCCAAAUGGAGCCGCAUGUAGAAGUGGCUCAACUAGAUGGAAAUGAGUUCUUUAUAAAGGUAUUUUGCGAGCACAAGCAUGGUGGCUUUUUGAGGUUGAUGGAGGCUCUUAAUUCUCUUGGCUUGGAAAUCACAAACGUCAAUGUUGCUAGCUUCAGAACUCUUGUUUCCAACGUUUUCAAAGUUGAGAAGAGGGAUAGUGAAAUGGUACAAGCUGAUCAUGUAAGGGGUUUCUUGCUAGAGAUAACAAGAAAUCCAUCUGAAAUGUGGCGUAAACUGUCUAAUCACAAUGGCAAUGACAAUGGAAUGGACUAUCAUCAUCAUCAUCAUGAUCACCACAACCCCCACAACCACCUCCAUAGCCACCAAAUCAGCUCUCACCACCACCACCGUAAUCACCUUCAUAACUAA